UGAGGGGGAGUCUCCUGGGAACUUCCCAAAGGUGAGAGCACAUCUCCCCGCAGAGCUGUCUGUGCAGACACCGCAGGCCAGGCCCGGCUGGAAAGAUGAUGCAGCCUCCCCUGUUUGACAAUGGCAUUGACUCUGUUGAGGUCUUCAAAGGCAUCCGCUUCCCAGGGUUCAUACACACCCAAGAGUCCCUGCGAGCAGCGUGCAGCUUCCAGUUCCAGGACACGGAUGUCCUUCUUGUGACAUUCCCCAAGUCAGGGACCACAUGGAUGCAGCAGGUGCUGAGUCUCGUCUUCUGCGAGGGCCACCUCGGGUCCAUCCACCACGUCCCCAACUGGGAGCGCAUGCCCUGGCUGGAGCAGAUCUUCUUUGGAAAACUGUGCAGCAGCCUGAACCCUGGCCAACCUCGCCUGCUCACCUCCCACCUGCCCGCUGAGGCCCUCGGGCCUGUGCUCCAGCACUCCAAGGCCCGGGUGGUGUAUAUGGCACGGAACCCCAAGGAUGUGCUCGUCUCCUUCUACCACUUCCACAAAUUGGUCAACUUCCUGCCCGACCCCAGCUCCUUCGAGGACUUUGUGGAUGAGUUUCUCAAGGGCACAGGCUUCUUUGGCUCCUGGUUCGAGCACGUGAAGGGGUGGCUGGGCCUGCAGCAGGACCUGAACAUGCUGUUUGUCACGUACGAGGAGCUGUACCAGGAGCCCCGGGCCACACUGCAGAAGCUUGGUGACUUCCUUGGGCGCCCACUAGGCCCUGAAAAGGAAGACUCCAUCCUGGAGCAAUGCACCUUCUCCUUCAUGAGCCAGAGCAGCGGGGUCAACUACAGCCAGGUGCCCACGACGGUGAUGGACCCCAGCCGGGGUCUCUUCAUGCGGAAAGGUGUCAUGGGGGACUGGAAGAAGCACUUCUCUCCAGAGCAGAACGAGACAUUCAAUGCCGUCUACCAGGCCAAGAUGGGCAACUCGGGCCUCCAACUCCCCUGGACCAUGGACUGAGCCCAGCCGCCCCGCAGCUUGCCCUGCCCAGCUCUUGAACAGCUUGGCUGUGGU